AUGGUCCUCCCAUUCAGCUUCCCUGCUUGGGUCCGUGAGUUGACACAGCCGGACGAUUGGAGCCAACUUCUGGUAGUCUUCGGCAUGGCAAUCACUGUGUUUGGCUAUGGGAUCCUUCACUUGGUCUACGCCUACAUUGACCGCCGUGUCACCCAGCUGCAGAAGACAGUAGCUGAAUCCAUCGCGGCCUAUAUGCAGGACGGCGAGCAGAAACAGGAAGCCCUUCGUGAACAUGCCGACGGCCUCCUGGACAAAUGCAUGCAAACAAUCCUCUCGCCCAAGGCGGUGGAGUCGCUUCUUGAGCAACAAAACAAGGAGCUGUCAGUCAUAGCACAGAUUCAUGCAUCGGCAACAUUCGACCACCUUAUGGGCAUCCUGCCGGCCUUUGUGGGCAAGUCCCAUGACGAACACUCCAUGCUCUUUCGCUUUAGAAGGCUCUACUUGGCACUGCAGCCCACAAAGCUGCUGACCCAACAAGCCCACACAGCACAGAGCUCCCUGGAUGAAUUGCAAGGAAGCUCGCAGCAGUGGUUUGAAGGAGAAGUAGUGCAGAAGAUGGAUGCGGUGAUCGACAUCCUCACGAAGGUCCAGGUGGAGCUGACCACACUUGGGGACAGCAUGGGACCGGACUUCUCUUACAAAGUCAUCGGCCUGUGGAACAAUGCUUGGAGAAGCAGGAACAGCAAAAAGACCGAGGCGUGCAGCCUCUCCAACAACAACCUCAACCAGGAGACACUGAGGGACCACGACGAGAAGUUGAAGAGGCAGUCAGAUGCCCUGUCAAAGAUGCAGUGGAUCGUCUGCGACUUCGCAGCCGGCACAAUCGAGCGCCACGGCGCAGAUGCCAGCCUCAUCCUCGACUACCACACCGAUGGCCCAGCCACCGCCCUCAACGAUGCCUCAGUCCUUUGGGCCACCAUCGGCAAUUGGGGAUCCGCCGAUUCUGAGAAUAAGUGA